AUGGCCAGGAUUCGACAGAAGAGCAGAAAUAAAAGUCGCGAUGAAAGCUGUGGCAAUCCCAGUUUCAUCUUCAAAUCCAUUGGAUUCUUUUGCAUGUUCCAACUCUUGAGGUUGCCACGGGCAACGCAUUUGGUACAUCGCAAUGCCGCCGCGGAAGAAGCUGUUUCCUUGCCAUCCACUCCUCCUCCCGCCGUUGAAGAGGAAACAAGAGCCUUCAAAGCGCAUUCUGCUCUUACACCAGUCGUAGAACAGAAAAGGGGAACCGAAAUCCUGUGGUGGCAAAAGGAAAAGCCUCUCUUGAAAGAUUGGCCGUAUCUACCGGAACGGAGACAUAUUCUUCCAUGGCUUGAAAAGCUCAAGUUCACAAAGGGCAUUGAAGUGGGUGUUCAACGAGGCUUUCUGGCGAGACGCACCUUGAGUGUCUGGAAAUCCUGCAAAGAGUACAAGCUGGUCGAUUUGUGGGGAGCCGAUCCAAACUACAAGCAACCCGGAAGAGACACCAUUGCCCACCACCAUGCACAUUUGAGAAAGGCUCAAAACAUUCUCAAGCCAUAUACAGACCGAAGCAUUACAGAAUUCUUUGUCAUGAGGUCGGUAGAUGCCGCGCCGUUGUUCCAAGACUCGUACUAUGAUUAUGUGUAUCUGGAUGCAAGACAUGACUAUUGUGCGGUGAAAGAAGACAUUGACGCAUACUGGCCCAAAUUGAGGCCAGGAGGAAUCCUGGCAGGCCAUGAUUUCAUUGAUGCUCCGUCUGCAGUGGCAGCAUUGGGUCCCAACAAGGAUUGGUCUCAUUGCGAGGAUGGGACUCUGGAACCACGUGCUGUGAAAGGGGCUGUCGAGGAUUUUGCCGCCUCGGAGGGGCUUGACAUUGUGACAACUCAUGAAGGGUUUGAUACAUGGCUGAUGCAGAAACCCUAUGAUUACAAAGAUUCAACUGCCUAA